AUGUUUACAUCGGAAAAAGAUGUUAAUCAAUUUUGUAGAAUAUUUAAUCCACCAACAUGUAAUUGUAAUUUACUUCCAGUUGAUGAGUCAAUAUUAAUGAAAGUUGAGAAUAUCAGAAAUUAUAAUUUUGAUAGUUUUGUAUUUUCAACAACAGGAAAUGAUACAAACAAAAUAUUUGGUCAACAACAAACAAGUAUUACAAAAGAAGACAGAGAAAGAAUGUCUAAAAUUAUUCAAAAAGUAGAGUCUUUGAUUUAUUUUUCUUAUGCCUCAGAUGAAAUAAUAGAAAUUAUCAUUCAAAAUAUGAAGAAAGGAAUUAAAAUAAGAAGUAAUGAAAUGGUUUCAAAGGUAUUUAAUGAAACAUUUGAUAAAAUGAAAAUAGAAGAAUCACUUUAUCCAAGUGAAAUGAUAACUUAUGUGUCAAAUAAUGUUAAUGGAAUUAAAGCUCGAGAGAAUAAAAAUAUCAUUCUCAUUUAUGAAAGAGAAAUUCCUAUUAAACAAGAAAAAGAAAUAGAUAUACCAAAAGGAAUUACAAUUUAUUCUUCAAGUAUAGUUUUGUCUGAACAAAACAAUGAAAGAAAUAUUAAAUUUUUUAAAUCACCAAGUAAUUCAAUUACAUGUUAUAAAACGUUAUUACCAGACUUUGUUCUAAACCAAAAAAUCAAAUUACAUGAAAUACCACAAUUACCUGAAUAUAUCAAAUACCUUUAUGUUCAAACAAGAGAUUCAAAUAUUAUAAUAAAUCAACAAUACAUUGAAUGUUUAGAAAUGAAUUAUAUCAAUUCUUCAAUUGAAUUUCUAUCAGUAAAUAAUUUAAAACAAAUAAAACUACAUGGAAAAGGAAUAAAAGUAAAUGAAAUGAAAGAAAAACAAGGAAUUACAACCAAUAAAAGAAGAUAUUGGAAAGAAAUACAAGAAAAUAUAACCACAUUCCAAAAUCUUGAAGAAAUUCAAUUAAUUAGUUGUUGUAAUUUACAUAUUAAUUUAGUAGCAAAUAAAUUAAAAAAUAUUGACAUGAAUAAUUGUGUAGAAAGUCAAAUUAGUGUUAAAACAGAAAGUAUUGAAAGAAUGAAAUUAGAAGAUAAUAAACAAACACAAUUCAAAUUAACAACAAACAAAUCAUCUGAUAUUUGUAUUGAAAAAUGUGAGAAUUUCAAAAUUGAAAUCGAAGCAAACAAUGAACAAAACAUUGAUAUAAUAGAAGGAAAUAAUAUUGAAUUUAAAACAAAGUGUCCAAUUAAUAAAUUAACAAUUAUUGAAUCUAAAGAAGUUAGUAUUAAAGGAAAUGAAAAAUGUAAAUCAUUGAAAGUAGUUGAAUCUACAAUCAAUGAAAAUGAUGUUAAACCAAAGAGAAUUGUCUUUAAAUCAAUUGAAGAAUAUAUUAAAAUACCACUGAAAGAAGCCGAAGAGAUAUAUAUUGUGUCAAUGAAAGAUUAUAUUUUUGAAGAGUUAUUUGAUAAAUGUAAGAAAUUAUAUAUUGAUGAAUGUGAGAAUUGCCAAAUCAUAAUUAAGAAGAAUGAAAAUAAUGAAAUGAAAAUAACAAGAUGUAAAAAUACAGAAAUUACAGGGAAAUUAGAUAAUCUUGAAGAAAUCACCACAAUAGAUAAUGAAGAAUGUAGUAUUCCAGAAACAAAGAAGAAUAUAAAAGAAGAUAGAGAAAUAAUAGAUAUGAAUAAUGAAAAGAAAGACAUAGAAAUAGAAACAGACAAGAAACAUGUUAUAAUAAGAAAUGGAUACGACAGUCGUAUUAAAAUUCAAAGUGAUAUUAAUAGUGAUAUUACAAUAGAAAACAGUGAGGAUAUAAUAAUUGAAGGAGAAUAUGAAGAAUAUGGAAAUAUCAAAAUGGUUAAAUGUAAAAAUCAUAAAGAAAAACAAGAUAUUGGAUAUGAAACUUACACAAAAAUUGGAUGUGUAAGAUCAUUAUUACUUAACAAAUGUGAAAAUAUUGAAUUUGAAAUUUAUGGAGAUAAAAAGUCAUUAGAAGUUGUUGAUAGUAAAAUGGUAGGUAUUUUAAUAAGAAGAAGUUUUCAUAAUACAGGUGUUGAUAUUGUACGUAUUGAAAAUUCAGAAAUGUCUAAUAUUAGUUCAAGUGAGUUGUGUAACAAAGUAUUUAUAACUAAUAGUAGUGGAAUUAAAGGCAUUAUCUCACAAUGUAAAGAAGAACUUGUAUUGAAAAGAAUGAAUGACAUUAGAUUUAGAAGGCAACGAAAAAAAGCAAAUAAUUGA